AGUGUGUGUGAAUAUGUGCAUGAUACCGUGAGACUUCUUCAAAAAAGGAAGCAGCUUUGGUUUGCUGCAGAUCGGGGUUAGGUAUGGAGAAGUAAGCAAAGCUGGCUAUCUUAUUUUGAAAAACGGCGAGAAGUUUCUUAUUGCUGAGGCAAAACAACAAGGAAUCUGCGAGAAGAGGAGAAGACAAAAAUAGAUUUAAGAGAGAGAGAGAGAGAGACAGAGAUCGGUUUCGUGGCUGAAGGAGAGAUUUUUAUUUUCUGAAUUACGUUCCUCAAUCAAUACGGACAUAACCGUCCGUUGUGUGUCCUCUGUUAUAAAGCAAAUAAACUUUUGCUUUUUUUGUUUCCUUUAUUUUUCUUUCAUGUUUGCUCCAUUGAUGGGUCUUUGCUUCCUUCUCUCUCGUGUUUCUUCCAUGGGGUUAAUAAGACUAGUGUUUACCGCGUGAAGGGUUUUUUUUGUCUCCUAUUUCAUUUCCUUCGUCUUCUUCUUUUUCUUCUACUGCUCUCAUCUGGUGGUUCUUCGAUGGCGAGUGUCGAAGGUGAUGGUGAUUUCAGAACUUCUUUGUCAAGCUCAUAUCACGAUCAACUGUACACAGAGCUAUGGAAAGCUUGUGCAGGUCCGUUAGUGGAAGUUCCUCGUCCUCAAGAAAGAGUUUUCUACUUCCCUCAGGGUCACAUGGAACAACUUGUGGCGUCAACUAAUCAGGGAAUUAAAUCUGAAGAAAUACCUAAAUUUAAUCUUCCUCCAAAGAUACUUUGUCGAGUUCUUGGUGUGACAUUAAAGGCGGAGCAUGAAACAGAUGAAGUUUACGCUCAGAUCACAUUACAACCAGAGGAACAUCAAAUUGAACCCACAAGUCUUGAUCCACCUCUGGUUGAACCAGCUAAGCAAAUGUUCCAUUCGUUUGUUAAGAUUUUAACUGCUUCAGAUACAAGCACUCAUGGUGGAUUCUCUGUUCUUCGUAAACACGCCACUGAAUGCUUGCCUGCCUUGGAUAUGACACAAGCUACUCCUACUCAAGAACUUGUGGCCAGGGAUCUUCAUGGCUUUGAGUGGAGGUUUAAGCAUAUUUUUAGAGGACAACCUAGGAGACAUUUGCUUACAACGGGUUGGAGUACAUUUGUAUCCUCGAAAAGACUUGUAGCUGGAGAUGCUUUUGUGUUCUUGAGGGGUGAGAAUGGAGAUUUACGGGUUGGAGUGAGGCGAUUAGCACGACAUCAAAGCACAAUGCCUACUUCGGUUAUCUCAAGUCAGAGCAUGCAUUUGGGAGUUCUUGCUACUGCUUCUCAUGCCGUGGGUUCAAAAACAUUGUUUGUUGUGUUUUACAAGCCUAGGAUAAGCCAAUUCAUAGUUGGUGUGAACAAGUAUAUGGAAGCUAUAAAGCAUGGAUUUUCUCUUGGUACCCGAUUCAGAAUGAGAUUUGAAGGCGAAGAGUCUCCUGAGAGAAUAUUUACAGGUACGAUUGUGGGAACUGGAGAUCUAUCUUCACAAUGGCCAGCUUCCAAAUGGAGGUCAUUGCAGGUCCAAUGGGAUGAGCCAACAACAUUCCAGAGACCAGACAAAGUCUCACCGUGGGAGAUCGAGCCUUUCUUGCCAACAUCCCCAAAUUCAAGCCCUACUCAACAACCACAAUCAAAAUGCAAGCGGUCUAGGCCCAUCGAGCCAUCGGUUAUAACACCAGCUCCACCUAGUUUCUUGUACAGCUUCCCUCAGAGCCAAGAUUCCAUCAAUGCAACCAUUAAAGUGUUCCAAGAUCCACCACUUGAAAGAAAUUCAGGUGGAUACUCCUCAAACAACAACUUCAAGGCCGAGACUCCGCCUCCUCCAACGAAUGGUUGCUAUAGGUUGUUUGGAUUUAAUCUCACAAGCAAUCCUCCUGCUCCAAUCCUUUUAGACAAGCAACCAAACGAAACUAGUGGAGCUGCUACGUGCCAAGAAUCCAUCACGCCAAGCUCAACCAAUGAGCAGAGGAAGCAACAAACAUCGAGAAGUCGAACUAAAGUGCAAAUGCAAGGGAUUGCGGUUGGCCGUGCGGUUGAUUUAACGCUAUUGAAAUCAUACGAUGAAUUGAUUAAGGAGCUUGAAAAGAUGUUUGAGAUUCAAGGACAGCUUCGUCCUCGAGACAAAUGGGUUGUUGUCUUCACAGAUGAUGAAGGAGAUAUGAUGCUUGCUGGAGAUGAUCCAUGGAAUGAGUUUUGCAAAAUGGCGAAGAAGAUAUUUAUAUAUUCGAGGGAUGAAGUUAAGAAAAUGACAACAAAAUUGAAGCAUUAUUCAUCGUUAGAGAAUGAAGAUGGUAAAGAAUGAUUUGAUGAUCAUCGUUAGUAGGUGGUGAGGGUUUAGCUGUUAAUUAAGGUUUAAUUCGGCGACGUCAUUUUAGUACGUAAGGCUCUUCUUCUAAAGACUUUCUUCAAUCUGUGUAUAUAAAAAAGUCUUUGGUAUUGGGAUCUCUUUUUUUUUUUUCUCCAUGUCAAUUUUUUAGGUUGGCGAUUUUAAGUAUUUCGAUUUUGGGACAGUGGUUGAUGGGUUGGUUCACAUCUUUACGUACU